AUGCCGGGUGUCAUCAUGGACAAUGCCAGUAUCGUUAGAUCUGAGCAGGGCACAGACGCUAUGAAUGGCAUGUCCACCUCUCCUGGUGACAGCAACCAAGGCGAUUUGGCGGAUAACCAGAUCCCGUCUAACUAUGUUUCGUUCCAGUCAGCCAAUGGAAAAUCAUCGGGCAACCAGUCUUCUGAAAAUAUACAGAAGAAACUCCGCGUUCUAAACUUCGCUCACGCGAAACGAGCUGAAUUUAUUAAGCUCCUCGUUCUCUCUCAAUGGAGCCGACAAGCGGCCGAUGUCAGUAAGCUAAUCGACCUACAAAAUUUCAUUCGCAAUCGUCACCAAUCCUACGUAUCUGCCUUGCAAUGGAUCGGAGACUUGAAACGGAACCUCGUUCAAGCCCAAGUGGCAAAUCCGGAUUUGAAAACGGCAUUGGAAGUCUUGUCCAAAGCCAAAAUCACGUCAAUGCCAGAUUUUGGCUACAAGCCCCCAAGGUCUUUGACCGCUAAGAGCACGCUUAAAAAAUUAAGGAAAAUCGACAGAAUCCUUAGCGCCCGACUGGCAUUACGUGAAAUAAUCCCCCGCUCCUUUCAAACUUAUCAUGUUCAUGAUGGCCGUGUCACAUUCAUUGUAUCCGGCGAGUUCGAGCUCGACCUUUCGAUAGGGGAGGCAAACGAGUCGUCUCAAUUCUACUUUGUUGACAUUCGCUUUCUGUUCCACCCGUCGGCUUCCGUUCCACAGGGUCGAAUGUUCAACGACCUCGAAGUCAAAAUCAACGACACGCUUAAGCAUGGUGGUUUGACUGGUUGCUUUGAUCUGCUGCACAGUCUGGUCCUGACUAACAAGAUCAACAUCCUGUUCAAACAAGCUGUUGAAUUAGCAAGAGGUCUCUGGUCAAAUGUUUUGCGCAUUGAAUUGUUGCACAGAACGCUUGUUGUGCAUUAUUGGGCUCUCAAGCCAGGAACUAAAAGCUGGCUUGAAUUGGGGAUUAAGCGCGGUCGAGGCCAUAGCCAUGGUGUUCCAUAUUUGGGACUGCGCUGGUUACGGGAUGGACAGGAGAUUGAUAGUGCUGGUGUUGGUUUCGACACCGUGAACCUCUCUCUGGAAAGCGUCCUCCGAAGCGUCAUUGCGUUGCACACGUCCCAUAUCUUAUUUGCCGCGCAUAACAUACUGAGCCAAAGUUUUUUGUUUGCAGCUGGGAUACUCAGUUUGCAAACUCAGCUGACUGGAAUUGAGCCUGGGGAUUGUCAACUCGAUGUUCAGCUCACUCCCUCAAGGCAUCUCCGGGUCUCAAUCGAGCCCAUGUCAGGGGCAGUAAUUUUAUCGGCUCGCCCUAGUGCUCUCGAACGACCAGAAGGCGAAAGAGGCACCGAAACGUCCUCGGCCGAUGAUAUCGUUUCCCGUGUGUCUCGACUACGUUGCAUUGCGGCUAUAGAAGAGAUCGAAGCGCAUGUCAAAAUGCUUGGUUUCGAGUCCGUCAACCCGAGGGGGUUAAAAAUUGACGUCCGAAGGGUGUUCCCGGUCAACGUCAUGCGGUUUUCGUUCUUCUCGCACCCAUACUGGGAGCGUAACUGGAUUGUGGCGGCCACAAGUAGCAUGGAUGGCGACAACUGGUGGGUAAUUCAGCUUCCGACACCGACGUUGGCAGACGGGCAUUCAAUACACGCCACUGGCCAGAUUAUUGGCAGUGCACUUUUACCUUUGCAGGAGCACAUCAGCGAUACGUCAUUCGCUGAUAUAGGGCAUUCUCUUUCUGGUAUUCUGGCUAUAUAUGCCAAUGCGCGCCAUAUGGCUGAUUUGCUGUCUUCCCCUUUUCAUCCACCUUUGCACAAAUUGGUGUUAGGGCCAGAUCUUCGAGUUCCAGACCUUUUCAUUCGGUACAACCCGGCGAACCUCCCAAUAACUUCUCAACUAACGUUACCUGGCGGGUCAAAAACAAAGGGCCUGAUUAAAAACACAAUCCGCCUUGCGUUCCGUGGGGUCGAGCCCCGUAGCAAAGUCGCCAUAAUGGUGGCCUACGGCAAUCUACUUAUCCCUGCAAAGGCUUUCAGUUUACUGAGCGCGAAGUGGGAUCGCUCGCUCGCCUUUUCGAGGCGAGACCGUGGCUUUGCUAUUCGUCUUCUUGCUCCGCCUGGUCGUCCUGUGACAAAUAGUCUGAUGGAAAAUCUGCAGCGGCUAGAAUGUGUUCUAUCAGUCCUUGAGACUCUUCAAUGCAAGAAAAUGGAACCACGAUCCUUGUCAUUAUCGCGAGUUGCUUUCGCAUAUGGUCCAGAAGGGAGUCUAUCUUCCCACCUUGAUAUUGAAACUCUACCUCGCAAGGGACUGGAUUCAUCUCAACCGCAUCCCAUGUUUCAUUUGCGCCUGAGCAUAACCUUUGCCUGCUCGAAUCCCCAUCGCCGUAUUCAAGGGCCCCUGACAUCUAUUUUGAAUCAUUCUUCUGCCGACACCAGCCUCGAUGCUGUCACCGAACUUCUCUCACUCACGCUUCCUCUGAUGCAAGCAUUCGAUCAAAUCAUGCUCAAUCAAUCUUACAGAGGGCACCUGAAAAUGCAGGUGAUUGUCCGCAAUGCAAAAACCUUCAUUAUCCACUAUCCGAACCAAAACCUCCGCUUCAGCUUAAGAGCUGGCCAAAUCAAAGAGCAACUGAUCUGGAUUCUUCACUACACGGGCGGCCCGCAGGAUCCCUUGCCCAAAAAUCUACCUGACCCGGAUUUCAAAAGUAGACUAUUCAAUUCCAAGGGAGACGGUUGGAAAGGGCUCGGUAGCGGGGUUGUUGCCGAUGUUGACAAGGUCGGAAAUCUCAUCUUGGAGCUUGACAAGUGUAUUACUAGCGGUCAGAAGGAUGUGGCAUCUCAUCUUGUUACUCAUUCUGGUAGCGAUUCGAUGCAUACUCAGGCAGAUCCCCGUCUGACAGGAAAGGGACCUUCGGCCAGGAUGAGCAACAAGAACGGAUCACCAGAUACCGACUCUGCCCCUAGGUCACUUAAAGAGGAUGUUAUCAUGAUUGAUUAA